AGAAGUUAAAAGUGACGGAACAUUCAUAAAAGAUAUACUUCUACUCCGUUAUAGAAAGGAGACUUUAAAAUGCAUCAAUUUCUGUCACAGAUGAGAUCACGACGAGGAGGCUGGAAAAAAGCCAGGCGACUUAAGCAGGUUCUUUUGUCACAGGGGGGGCUUGACCCUUCAGUUUUUAAACAACCAGAUGCCUUUCAUGAACCAGCCGUUCAGCAGGCAUCUCUUCCUCCACUACUAUCUAAAUCUCUCUUUCUGCAGCCGAUGAUGGCUUGCAUGCCGCAUCAGGUAUAUCAGAUGCAGUUAGAAAAUGGAACCAAUGAUAUUCUUCAAUAUUCACCAGCAACGACGUCAGUCGUUAAAAUAGAGAAUGUCGAAAGCGAUACGAAUAUUAAUGCUGAACCACGUACGUUUGAAGAAAAAUUAGAAAGUGAGGUAAAUAAAGAAACUGAUGAGCUGAUAGAUGUUGUAGAAUGUUUAAAUAAUGAACAAGUCGUUAAAAUCAAUACACAUACAAAAGGAAGGCCUACUGAUACAAAAAGAAGGAGAAGGACAACGAAAACAAUACAACGAAUUAAAAAAAAAAUCUAUUCCGUCAACAAAGAGGAUUUACGAACUAAUGUGCAAUUGCAACAAACACGAAUAAAAUUUGCGAAAAUUUCAGAAAGUAAUGCUAAAGCUUUGCAGUUGUUUGCAGAAGCUGCAAUGAAGCAAGCUAAUGCUGCAAUGAUAGCAGCGGAAAAUGACCGUCAACGGAACGUUUUGGACGAACAACGGCUUACAUUGGAUAAGAAAAAGUUACAAGUAGAUGAAAAUGUGCUUCAAACUUUGAAUAGUGUACAUAAAUUAAUGGAAAAGAUAUUGGACAAAAAUAAAUAGGUUUGAGUUUGUUCUACAUAUGUUUUUUGUACUGCUGUUUUUAUUUGAAAAAAAAUUGAUAUUUGUUUUAGUGUAAUAAAUACGCAAUAUUAAAUUAACGUUCAAUUUCUUCACCUCUAGAUAAGUUGCGGAUAACUGUUCAGGAAAUAUCUCCGUUGUAAUCUGGGAUAUCUCUUGGAUAAAAUUAUCUAGAAGUGAAGAAAUUUGACAUAAGUAUAUAA